ACUGUCCCUCUCACCCCAUUAUCAUUCAAGCUUAUUCUUAGUCUAGAGAAAGAGAGAGAAAGAGAAGGAGAAGGGGAAGGUAACCCGCCCUUCUCUACCCAGAGUUGUUUCUCAUAUUUUGAUACUUUGAUUUCAUUUUCAAGACCCAAAGAAUAUCCCAAAUGGCGUCAAGAGCAAUAGUUCAACAACAAGCAGCCAGAGGUGAAGCAGUAAUCGGGGGAGGAAAACAGCAGAAGAAGAACGGUGUAGCGGAUGGAAAGAAUCGCAAGGCGUUGGGUGAUAUUGGGAAUCUGGCCAAUGUAAGAGGAGUCGUUGAAGUCAAGCCUCAUCGCCCCAUCACUAGGAGUUUUGGUGCCCAGCUACUUGCCAAUGCACAAGCCGCAGCAGUUGUCGAGAAUAACAAGAGACAAGCCUGCGCUAAUGUGGCUGGUCCUGCUCCUAUUGCUGUGACCAAGAAAGUCCCCAAGCCGGUUCAGAAGAAAGUUACUGUAAAACCAAAGCCUGAGGAAGUCAUUGUCAUUGAUGAAGAUAGUAUAGACAAGGAGGUUCAGAAAGACAAGAAAAAGGAAGGAGAUUGCAAGUCCAAGAAGAAUUCACAAGCUUUUACAUCAGUUCUCACGGCUAGAAGCAAGGCAGCAUGUGGCAUAACCAACAAACCAAAGGAGAACAUUAUAGACAUCGAUGCCAGUGAUGUUGACAAUGAACUUGCUGCUGUGGAGUACAUUGAUGACAUUUACAAGUUCUACAAACUUGUUGAGCACGAAAGCCGCCCCCAUGAUUACAUACACUUACAACCUGAGAUAAAUGAGAAGAUGAGAGCUAUUCUGGUUGAUUGGCUGAUUGAUGUCCACAGCAAGUUUGAACUUUCGCCCGAGACCCUUUACCUGACCAUCAAUAUUAUCGAUCGGUUCCUAGCAGUUAAGACUGUUCCAAGGAGGGAGCUGCAAUUGGUAGGCAUCAGUGCCAUGCUCAUGGCAUCCAAGUAUGAAGAAAUCUGGCCACCAGAGGUUAAUGACUUUGUCCACCUCUCAGACAGGGCUUACACUCAUGAACAGAUACUUGUUAUGGAGAAACUUAUACUGGGAAAGUUGGAAUGGACUUUGACUGUUCCCACACCCUUUGUUUUUCUGGUGCGUUUUAUCAAGGCAUCAGUCCCAGAUCAGGAGUUGGAAAACAUGACCCAUUUUCUGUCUGAGUUGGGAAUGAUGAAUUACGCGACCUUAAUGUAUUGCCCAUCAAUGCUUGCUGCCUCAGCAGUGUUUGCAGCUAGAUGCACUCUGAAUAAGACUCCCUUUUGGAAUGAGACACUUAAGUUGCACACUGGUUACUCACAAGAACAACUUAUGGAUUGUGCUAAACUAUUGACGAGCUUGCACUCCUGUGCUGGAAAUGAAAAGCUCAAGGUUGUGUACAGAAAGUAUUCUGAUCCUCUGAAGGGAGCUGUUGCUGUGCUCCCACCAGCUAGAUAUCUUCUGCCUGAAGGUUCUGCCUCCCAAUAAUAGAGUUAAGAAAGAAGCACAAAGGAAGAAGCUGUUAUAGAGUUUUUUAUGCGGAUUUCAGAAAUAAUCCGUUGUAGUUUUAUUUCUUUGAUUGUACUGGUUUACAAAUUCUGAUUGUUGCAAGUUUUGCACUUGCAAAUUCCUUAAACAGGGUGGUUCAUUGAUAAAAAAGAAAUGUCAUAUUGCUGCCAUAUGAAA